AUGGAGGGUGUGUGUGACCAGAAGGGGUUGCUGGAAUAUGUGAGGAAGUCAAGCCCUCCACCUUUCUUGUUGAAGACCUACAUGCUGGUGGAGGAUCCCUCCACCGACGAUGUGAUCUCCUGGAACGAUGAUGGGUCGGCGUUCGUGGUGUGGCAGCCGGCGGAGUUUGCCAGAGAUCUCCUCCCAACACUCUUCAAGCAUAGUAACUUCUCUAGCUUUGUCAGGCAGCUAAAUACUUAUGGAUUUCGGAAAGUUUCAACAAGCAGGUGGGAGUUCUGCAACGACAAGUUCCGAAAGGGUGAAAAGGAUCAGCUAUGUGACAUCCGCAGAAGAAAAGCAUGGGCCAGCAAGCAACAGCCAAUCAACAACAUUGCUCUAAACCAAGCUGCACAAGCAAUGCCAAAUCAAGACGAGUUUGAUGAAGACCAGAGAUCAAACUCCUCAACCUCCUCCUCAUCUGAUUACAGCUCUCUCGUCGACGAAAACAAACGGCUGAAGCAGGAGAACGGGGUUUUAAGCUCAGAGCUCACCAGCAUGAAGAGGAAGUGUAAGGAGCUUCUUGACUUGGUGGCCAAGUGUGGAGACUCAGCUGAGAAAGAAGAGGAGGAGAAUAGUGAGAGGGUGCCCAAGUUGUUUGGAGUGAGAUUGGAAGUGGAGGGAGAGACGGAGAGGAAGAGGAAGAGGAAGAGAGCUGAAAUUAGUGAGAGCGCAAGCAUUUUACUAUCUCAAGCAUGCAAAUAA